GAUCGUUCCACCACCACAACACUUGAGAAUCGAGGCGCCUGUUCAUGGAUUGAUAAUGCUAAACGAUGGGAACAUAUUUGAAAUCUAUUGCAUGUGUUUAAAAACGUCUGUGCCCGCCUGAAGUGCAGAAGUGGUGGAUUUGGAAGCGUCAGAGAGCAGAGCCUUGAGAAAAUCCUCUCUGGAGUUGACAGAACCGGGCCCAGUGCGGCGCUGAGAGGCUUUGUUCUGCAGCUGUGGAUGCGGUGCAUGUUCCACCGGCAGCACCAGGCGCCAAGCAGGAAAAGCAGCACUGAGAACCAGAGGAGAACUCCGAGUGUGGAGAACCGCCGAGGCGCCCGGAAGGCCAAGCACGUGUCGCGCGUGUCCACCCUCAGGGGGAAGCGUCUGCGAGGCCACGUUCGCACUUAUCUGUCCAGCCUGGGCUCUCAGGCUGGAGAGCUGACCCGACAGGUGUAUGGAGGCGUCCUGCUGAAGCAGCACUGUCCCGGCCCGCAGAACCUGCUGAGGAAUGGGCCGCAGGCUGAGAUGAGGGUCCCCGAACACAGCAGCCCCGACCCGGACGCGUCCCCACCGACCUCGGAGCCGGCGGCGGCCCAGACGCCAGAAAAUGGCCGCUCGCGAAGGAGGCGCGUGCCCAAGACCUGCGACUGCUGCGGGCCCAACAGCAAGACUACGGUGGCCGGCAGGGGACACACUCCUGACAAGCCGGCUGGCCACACCCAUCCGGGAGUCAAGAAGAGGGGCCGCCGGAAGAAGGAAGAGUCUGUCGCCAAGGUGACGGUGACAGAGAUGGACAUGACAGUGGACAUGCAGGAGGCGGAGCCUAAGGGGGAUGGAGAGCAGGAGGAGGGGCAGGGCCAAGACCAAUGUCAUGCGGAAGGUCAGCAUGAAGGUCAGGCUGAAAGUCAAAGUGACGAUCACGCUGAAGGUCAAAGUGACGAUCACGCUGAAGGUCGAGCCGGUGUCCCUCAUCUGGACGUCUCUGCUGCGGAGAUGGAGGCGGACCAACAACAAGCAGCCAAUCAGGCCCCAGCGCUGACUCCCAUCCAAUCACACGACCAGACUGCCAGCUGGUCGACGCCCUCGGACCCGCCGCCUCCUGCCCUGGUGAACGGCACGGCAGGAAGCUCGGAGGUGGAGGAGCCCUCGCUGUCCAGUGACGGGGAGAUGGAGGUGGAGGCCCCCACUGUAGCCCCGGUCCCAACCCCACCCCCAGCACCAACCCCACCCCCAGCCCCAGCCCCAGCCCCUGCCCCGGCCCCGACCCCUGACCCCGUGGACCACUGUGUGCCCCCCCCUUGGGACCACCACUACUGUAAGAGGCCGCCGGGCCUCGACCCCCCCACAGACAGCGCCCCACACACACAAACUCACACACACCCCGCAGACAGCAGCCAUGAAGGAGUCGUAGACCUCAUUCACGAAUACCUUGAGGACUUUUAUGAGAAGUACGGCAGCUUCAUUCCUCUGUGUGAGGUGGAGAUUCACGAUUAUCUAAACAGGAAGUACAACACUGACCUCAGCGACAGCAGGAAGUUGAUCCACUCGGAGGUGGCCAAGUACAAGGCAGGGCUGGCCUCUGUGUCCAUGCAGCACUUUAAAGUGAGCCACAACAAGCACACACUCACCUUGGAGGACCUGUCCACGCUCGACCACCACAACUGGGUCAACGACCAGGUGAUCAACAUGUAUGGUGAGCUGAUUACGGAGGCAGCCAGUCAUAAGGUUCAUUUCUUCAACAGCUUCUUCUACAGACAGCUGGUGGCCAAAGGCUAUGAGGGAGUGAAACGGUGGACCAAGAAGGUGGAUGUGUUCUCUAAGCGGCUGCUGCUGGUGCCUCUGCACCUGGAGGUGCACUGGUCUCUGGUCACAGUGGACGUGGCCAGCAAGAGCAUCCACUUCUACGACUCCCAGGGUAUCAUGUUCAAGUAUGCCGUGGAUAACAUCCUGAGGUAUCUGUUGGCCGAGGCCAAAGAGAAAAAGCAGCCGGGCUUCCAGAAGGGCUGGAAGAUGCUCAUCAACAAGUGUAUUCCUCAACAGAAGAAUGAUAGUGACUGUGGAGUCUUUGUGUUGGAGUACUGUAAGUGCCUGGCUCACAAGCAGCCGCUGCAGUUCUCUCAAGAGGACAUGCCUAAAGUCCGCAAGCGCAUCUACCGGGAGCUGUGCGAGGGCAAACUCAAAGACUGACCUUCGCCCAGGGAGAUUUGGCGCCGCUAGCGGACGCUGACCGCCGUUAAGGAGACCUACCAGGGGACGCCUGGCUGCUAGUAGGUCUCCUUAGACCUUUGGGGUCAAACACUGACGGGCUGUUCACAAAACUUUUGUUACGACUGACCACCGGCAACGGUAACCACCAACAACGGAAGCCACCGGUAACAGUGACCACCGGCAACGGUAACCACCAACAACGGUAACCACCGGUAGCAGUGACCACCGGCAAUGGUAACCACCGGUUAAAGGGGCUCUUGUAAACUGACCACCGUUAAAGGGCUCUCUUGAGGACAGAUGACCGUUACCAGAACCUGCUGCGGGCUGGUAUGUCCGUGACUGGGUGCGGUGAGGGAGAACUAUGGAACCGGUCACUGGGUCCCAUGUUCUGGCAGGGCUUGGACCUGCCCCCCGACUGAAGGACAGAAUGACGGGAUGAAAUGAGCGGGUGUUUAGCCUUCUUUUCUUCUUUCUCCUCCUCACCAUUCCUCCCUUCUCUUCCUCCGCUGCUGGAAAAUCACACCAUCCGUCCACUGCCCCACAGCAACCUGCUGCUCACACACACACACUCGCACAUGCACACACUUUCUUCUCCCUUCCUCACACAGACAUUCACUCAUACACACACAAACAAACAGACACACACACACACGCGCACACCCUCACACUUUCCUACUCCCUUCCUAACACGCAUACACAAACACUUACACACACACACACACAUUCACGCAUUCUCCUACUCCCUUCCUAACACAUACACAAACACUUAAACACAAUUCACAAUCACACACACACAGACACCUCUCUCCCUCCCUCUCUCUCUCUCUCUCUGACUGCUGUGGGGGGGGUGGGGAUGACGUGACUGUUCUGCUGUUCCGUUUGGUUCCGUUUGGUUCUGUUGCUAUCUGUUUUAAUUGCCGCCUAGCUGUCGCUGGUCAGCCGCUGAUCUUUUGCUCCAGCUUUGCACCACUUACGCACCUCUCCGAGCUUUAUAACCCGUUAUGAUCUCCUUAUGAUCUCUUUAUGAAGUCCUCUCCAUGUCCUUUAUAAAGCCCCCUCCCUGUUGAGACUGUUUCCGAGGGCAGAAAUCACGGUGCUGCAUGAGACUUGGCUGCGGUUACACACGCAAAGUGUUUAGUUGCUGCCAUGGUUACACGUAUCUGCCUGCCUCAGAAGUGUUUCAUGAAUGUACCGUCACUGGAGUGCUUUUACUCAGGAGGCGUGUGUGUAUGUAUGUGUGUGUGUGUGUGUGUGUGUGUGUGUGGGCAGGUGGGCAGGAAGUAUUAGAGAUGUGUGUGUGUGUGUGUGUGUGUGUGUGUGUGUGUGUGUGUGUGUGUGUGUGUGCAAGAGAGAGUGUGUGUGUGUGUGUGUGGGUGGGUGGGCAGGAAGUAUUAGAGAUGUGUGUGUGUGUGUGUGCGAGAGAGAGAGCGUGUGUGUGUGUGUGAGGAGUGUGUUCUCCAGUCCACUGACUCCUGCACCUCUGGCGUCAAGUUCUCCUCUCUGCUCUCCGUUCUAGAGCAGAAGGGCUCUGUAGAACGCUGAGGUGGAACCGGACUGCUGACUGUUGAGGAACCAUCAGGAACUUCUGGACUCUUCAACACACAACAUGGACUGUUGGCUCCCACUGUUGCUGUUCUUAUUACUGUUUGAGUUUUCCGUGUGUGUGUGUGUGUGUGUGUGAGAGAGAGAGAGAGAGUGAGUGAGAGAAAAGGGUGUGUAUGAAACGAGAGAGAAACAGACAUUUCCUCCUGCAUGACUUUGUGUGGUGACCAACGGGGGGCGCUAGUGAUCCAGAGAGAUGAGACGUGAGUGCUCUGGUGACGAUUAACUGAACAAGUGUCCUGUGAGUUGGACGUGGGUGAAAAUUGUGUGUGUGUGUGUGUGUGUGUGAGUGAGUAAGUGGGUCCUCUGGCCCGUGCUGAGUUCUCGUCUUGUCCAGGUUCUGCUGUACCCUCUGCGUGGCACCGGCACGCCCGUUGCUCUGAGCUCCUGUCUGGGGCGCCAGGGCUGUGCCAGGGCUUCAGUCUAAGUCUGUCUGUAGGCGCCCGUGGUGUACCCGCUGGCCAGUCCAGUUGCGGCGGUCAGAUCCUCCGAACUCUGUUGGACACUGUAGAUAUAAAUAUACUUUUACGUGUGACAUUAAAACCAGAUC